CGAGAAUACAAAGCACAGACAGGAAAAAUCUGCACCUGAGUGAACAUGGCUGAGUACAAGCUGCAGGUGACAACAGGUGACAUGCAACAUGCAGGAACAUGGGCUCACGUAUCUGUCACUCUAUUUGGAAGUGACGGACAGAGUGAGCAAACUGACCUGGACAACUUUGGCAAAGACUUCAGCACCGGUGAAACCGGGACCUACACUUUGAAAACCAGUUCCUCUCUKGGSAAACUUCUGCUGGUCAAGGUGGAGAAGGAUCCCCGUAUCCUUUUCCCAGAAGACGAGUGGUACUGCUCCACCAUAGAGGUGACGACUCCAGAGGGAGAUGUCAUUCUCUUCCCCUGUCACAGAUGGAUCUCCAGGGGAGAGUAUGUGGAGCUGAGAGGAGGGAGAGCCAUGANGGUUUUUGAGGACGACCAUCCCCUGUUGAUUGAGCACCGGAAAAAAGAGCUGACGCUUAAAAGGAGCUUUUACGACUGGAAGCCUCUAGCUGAGGGACUACUCCAUGUAAGCAGUUUUGAACAUAAGUCUGAGCUACCAGAUGAAAUACGCCUCUCUAAGGCCAAAGCGGACGAAAUGCAGGGAAUGAGGAAACAACUUGGAAUAGAACUCAAAAUUAAAGGAAAGCUGGGGUCCAUCAAAAAAUGGGAGAAUGUCAACGACCUGAAAAAAAUCUUCAACUUCAAAAAGACAGCAAUGUCAGAAUACGUUGCAGAGCAUUGGAAGGAGGAUGACUUUUACGGAUUCCAGUUUCUGAACGGAAUCAACCCCACUGUGAUCAAGCGCUGCUCAGAGCUUCCCCGAAACUUUCCCGUUACAGAGGAGAUGGUGAAGCCAUUCCUGGCUGAGGGUAGCAGUCUGAGCAGGGAAAUAAGGAAAGGCAAUAUAUUCCUCUAUGACCAAAAGAAGAUGGAUGGAAUCCCCCCUCAAGUCUACAAGGGAGAAUCUCUGAAUGUGACUCCUGGUCUCUGUUUGUUCUACUUGAACCCAGAAAACAAACUGAUGCCAAUUGCAAUACAGCUCUAUCAACAGCCCUCGGAGCAGAAUCCCAUCUUUCUGCCCAGUGACCUGGAGACCGACUGGCUGCUGGCCAAGAUGUAUAUCAAAAAUGCAGAUAUGAUGGAUCAUGAAGCGGUCCAUCACCUCUUGAAUACUCACUUCAUUGCAGAGGUCUACACUGUCGCCACUCUGCGCUGCUUCCCUGUGAUUCAUCCCCUCUACAAGUUGUUGAUUCCACACUUCAAGACAACUAUGUACAUGAACAUUGGAGCCCGUAGCAGUCUACUGGGACCUGAUGGGGUUUUUAGAAUAAGUUCAGUUGGACUUGAGGGGAUGACGGAGCUCAUGAGAAGGUCCCUUCCUCUUAUGACCUACAGCUCCCUCUGUCUGCCAGAGAACAUCACUGCACGAGGACUUGAGUCAAUCCCCAACUGCUACUACAGAGAUGAUGGAUUGAAGCUGUGGUACAUCAUCAACAGCUUCGUGAGAGCAGUAGUGGAGUACUACUAUCCCUCAGAYGCUGACGUCUGUAAAGACACAGAGCUGCAGGAUUGGAUCAGUGAGAUAUUCACCCACGGCCUCUUGAGAAACAAAGCCUCAGGAUUCCCAGACUGCUUUCAUUGCACUGAAGAAUUGAUCAGAUUCAUCACCAUGRUCAUCUUCACAGUGUCAGUUCAACACGCAGCGGUCAAUAAUGGACAGUUUGACUACUACUACUGGGCGCCAAAUGGCACASKGCUGCUGCACAAACCYCCUCCGACCACCAAGGGGCAGUCAAGCAUGGAGAMAAUUUUGGAGGCCCUCCCGACAGUUGGAGAGACUGCCUCCAUKUCAGCCAUGACAUAUUUACUUUCAAAGAAAUACAGUAGUGCUGUUCCUUUGGGUCAAUAUCCUGACAAACGAUUCGACGAGCCUGCACUUACGCAGAUGAUUCAGGAGUUUCAAGGGGAGUUGUCCUACCUCGGUGAAGAAAUCACAGAGAGAAACUCGCAGCUUGAAUUGCCCUAUGCAUAUCUGCACCCAUCUCACAUUGAGAACAGCGUGGCUAUUUGAGAAUUUUAUUUUGUGCUGGGAAUUUGUUUUUGUUGUGGG